AUGCGGAAGGAGAGAGCUGGCACGGCCCUAGCUGUGGUGGAGGCAGCGAUCAGAUCUAGAUCGAGCUCGGAGCUCGGCACCUUCGACUUCGUCGAGGAGAUCGCCCGUGCCUAUGAUGCCUCCGCCAUCAGUCUCCAUGGCUGGAAGGUCAAGACCAAUUUCUCCACCCCGUGCCCUCCCUUUCCAGCCAUUCCCCUCCCUAACUCUUCUUCCCCCACCAUCGUCGCCACUGCCUCCUUUCCCCACACCCCCUACCCUCAUCAGCACCAACCACAGCCACAGUGGCUAGCCUCCAGUAGCAUCGUAGAGUCCUUCAGUGGGCCUCAGUGCUCCUCCAUCGCUCCCCUCAGAUCUCAGCUUAAGAGCCAGAAGGUUGAUCCACCGCGCAUCCUCUCUGAUGAGGAAGACUUGCACAGCGACUACGAUUCCUCAUCCUCCGUCGUGAAUGAUGAUCUCGGGGACAUCACAUUCGUUUACUAUCAUCCGCCUCUGCCAUUCGAUCUCAACCUCAUCUCGCUGCCCGAUGACCACGACCCCGUCAAUCGAUGGUGCUCAUCGACCAGGCAGGCAGAGAGCCAAAGGGAGGGGCAGGGGGAGGUGGCGAGCGUCGAGGCGAGUGGGGAGGUAGCAAGGAUUGAACAAGGAGCAGUAUUAUCAGUAUCCACCUCGAUAGUAGCAGCAGUACCAGAACCAGCACAAUGA